AUGGCCUCGCCCAACACAGAAGCACAGUCCAGCCAUGAACUCCUCGAUGCUCAAGCUCACGUGUGGAACCACACGUUCAACUUCAUCAACUCCAUGUGCCUCAAAUGUGCCAUCGAACUCCGCAUACCCGACGUUAUCCACCAACACGGCAAGCCAAUGGCCCUCUCUCAGUUAGCCGACGCCAUCUCCAUUCCCAGGGCCAAAUCCCAAUGCCUCCACCGACUUAUGCGCAUCCUCACGCACUCCAAAUUUUUCGCCAGAGUCCAAACAUCCAACGACGAGUGCUACGCCCUCACGCCAGCCUCGACACUCCUUCUCAAGGACAACCCUCUCGGCGUGGCCCCACUCGUGCGCUCCAUGCUGGAUCCAGCCUUGAUCGACACGUGGCACGACAUGGGAAAGUGGUUUCUGAACGACGGCGGGCCCACCCCGUUUUUUGCCAAGCACGGGAUGCCGCUGUGGGAGUACUUUGGGGCGGUGGAUGAGAGGGGGAACCGUACGUUUAACGAGGCCAUGGCGUGUGACGCGCGGCUAGUGGCGCGUGUGCUGUCGGGUGAGUGUAGGGGAGUUUUUGAGGGCGUGAGGUCGGUGGUGGAUGUGGGCGGUGGGACGGGGAUGGUGGCCAAAGGAAUCGCGAGUGCGUUUCCCGAGAUGGAGUGGAUAGUGCUGGACCUGCCGCACGUGGUUGAGGGGAUGGAAGGAGGUCCGAAUCUCGAGUAUCGUGAACUAAAGAGCGUUUUGUUAGGAAAUGAAUUGAUCAAGGAUUCGUGA